AUGUCUGCUUCUGUUAAUGACCUCGAGAAGAAGCUUCUGGAAGCUGGGGAAGAGCUUCUUAACCCACUUGGCACUUCCUUCCUCAGUUCCGAGUCUUCUUCGGAUUCUCGACGUGAGCUCUUCCUUCAAUAUUUUCGUGUUUGUUGUGGAUUUCUAGUGUUUCUAGUAUUUUUAGGUGAUUUAUGUGUGAAUGUGUUGGUACCUGUGUUUGAUGACAAUUCCUGUGUAUUACUGCAGAAGCUUUGCCUCUCCCUGCCAGAGGUGGAACAGGAUCCUCCUAACUCAACCCAGAAAGCGCUCUCUCCGUUGAAGAAUGCAUUAGUCUCUGAAAGACUCUUCAAGAAUUCGAAUGUCAAUGUGAGAGUUGCUGUUGCUUCCUGCAUCAUCGAGAUUAUGAGGAUAACUGCUCCAAACGCUCCAUACGAUGAUGACAAGAUGAGGGAAGUGUUCGGGUUGGUUGUAUCAUCGUUUGAACAUCUAGCUAACAAAUCUAAUCGCUCAUAUUCUAAAAGGACAUCGAUCCUUAAAAAUGUGGCUUUGCACCGAGUACCUGUUGUGAUGCUGGAUCUUGAUUGUGAUGCACUUCUUAUUGAUAUGUUCCAACAUUUUCUCAAGGCUCUAAGAGAUCACCAUCCAAUGAUAGUUUAUUCACAUAUGGAGAUCAUUAUGACCCUUGUUUUAGAAGAAAGCGAGGAUAUACCUCCAGGGUUACUUUCACCAAUUCUAAGUCACCUUAAAAAGGAUGAUAAGAAGAUUCCCCAAGUAUCACGGAGGUUGGCAGAACAAGUUCUAAUUAACUGUGCUAUCAAGCUCAAAACGUAUCUGAAUGAAGCUGUGAAAUCAUCGGGGGUCUCUUUAGAUAAGUGCUGUAGUGUAGUUGCUUCAAUAUGUGAAGGGACCUUCAUUGGUUUGAAGCAAAAUGAAGUCGUCGCUCAGCAGAAUACACACAAUGUAGACCCUGAGAAAAGCUGUGGACCUAAGAAGAUAAGAAACCUGGAGAAGUCACUUGCUCAUAAUUCAUCUAAAGAAGCUGAUCCAGCAGAAACCGAGGCUCAGAUACACAAGCGAGCUCGAUUCCAAAGUUGCAACAUGUUGGAGAAGACUAUUUCGGAAGCAGAAGGAAGAGUCCCUCAACCUUGCUCUGUCACACUUCAGUUGGCUAAGGUGAAACAGAGCAUCGUCGACACUAUAACCAGUGUAAGACAGUUUCGCUCUGAGCUAAAGAAAAAGGAAGAUAACCUAGAAGCUUCCCUGCUGGAAGUUGACAUCUUAGGGGAGAAGAUAUUGGGCGUCAGCAAAAUCCUCAACUCAUGA